AAAGAAGAAAAGCCCAAAUUAGUACAUACAAAAUCCCCAAACCCUAUUUACCUCUUCCCUCAUUUCCGACUACACACGCGAACCUCCCCGUGCACAGCCGCCCACCUCCCUGCUUCUCGAUAAUUCUACCGACGAAACAAUUCAUUACAAAUGAGGGGAAGGAGUUAUAGUCCAUCACCGCCCAGGGGAUAUGGCAGAAGAGGCCGAAGCCCUAGCCCCAGGGGUCGCUAUGGAGGUCGGGGUAGAGAUCUUCCUACCAGUCUUUUAGUUCGUAACCUUCGCCAUGAUUGUAGGCCGGAAGACCUUCGGAGGCCGUUUGGGCAGUUUGGUCCUCUCAAGGACAUUUACUUGCCUAGGGACUAUUACACUGGGGAGCCUCGAGGAUUUGGUUUUGUGCAAUAUGUUGAUCCAGCUGAUGCUGCAGAAGCCAAAUAUCAAAUGGAUGGUCAAAUUCUUAAUGGAAGAGAAUUGACAGUUGUAUUUGCAGAGGAGAAUAGGAAAAAACCUGCUGAUAUGAGGGCAAGGGAACGAGUGAGGGGACGGUUUUAUGAUCGAAGGAGAUCUCCUCGUCGGUAUUCCCGUUCUCCACCCCCACGCUAUGCAAGAUCUCGGUCCCGCAGCCGCGACUACUACUCCCCUUCUCCUAAACGGAGGCAUUAUUCAAAGUCCAUCUCCCCCCAAGGUAAGAGGUACAGUCGAGAGAGAUCACAUUCCCGAUACAGUCGAGAGAGGUCGUACUCACGCUCACACUCUCCGAUUGAAAAUGGUUCAAGGAGCCCUGGUGAAAGUCCAGUCAGAAGCCAGAGCCGGAGUAGGAGUCCGAGCCACAGCCCCAGCCUAGAAUACUCUAGGGAACCGAACAGGGACGAAUCUCCUAGUGAGUGAGUCUCCAUGGGAAAACAGUAUAGUUUGUGCCACUGCUUUUCUGGGUGGAUUUGAAAACUUCUGUAGUUUAACUUGGGCAAUGUACUAUCGACUGGGUUUUGAAGUUCUAGUAGCUGUUACAGUUUGGAUUGUGUAGGUAUCUUCUGGACUUUGAGUGUGUAUGAACUAGCCUUUUUGAGUAGUUGAUAAUGGCUUAUAACAGUUACAUUUUCUGAA